AUGGGCGAUUUUAGCCGCCGAACCAGCUAUUACGGACCCCAAAAUGGAAAUGGAAACGGCAACGGCGCCAACGGGUACGGAAAUAGAUACGACCAAGGCUACUACAGCCAGGCCCAAUCUCGUCCCGACAGCAUCAUCAACGGCUACUCCAAUACCCCUCUAUCACCCGAAACCCCCAACCCAUACUACCAGAACGGCAAUGGAAACGGAAACGGAUACGGCAGAAGACGCCCCAACCACCGCUCCCCAGCCUCUCCCUCCUCCCCAACCUCCCCAUCUGACUACCCCAACAUGGCGCAGAACGUCAACACCCCACACGGUUACCAGCCAAAUGGCUACUUCGACAAUGCCGUCUCCAACACCUCCGGCUCAGACCCUUACGGCCAGUCCACAGACCCCAGCUCCAUGAACAGCUCCAACGACCAAUUGCAGCAGCAGGCCCUGCAGCAACAGCGUAUGGACGAGCGCGCCCAGGCAGAGUACGGCUUCAGUGGCUUCGGCAACACCAAAAUCCCGCAGCAAGAUCCUUCCUGGGCGACGCCUUCUGGCUCCGCGGCCCCGCCUCCGCCUGCGCAGGCUGCUCGGCCGAAUCACGUUCGCCAGGAUACGAAUUCCUCGGCGAAGGGUGAUAAGAGGAAGAGUUGGUUCAAGCGCCGAUUCAGUAAGGAUUGA